UCCUGCACUAGGCUUUCAGCCAGGGAUGAUGUGCUACUGCUGCCACUGCCACUGGCGUUGCCGCUGUCAGCGGCUACCCUGUGCCCUGACGUUGUUGCUGCUACUGCCACUCGUAGUGGCCUCUGAGGGCCCAAACCGCUGUGAUACCAUAUACCAAGGCUUUGCUGAAUGUCUCAUCCGCCUGGGGGAUGGCAUGGGCAGAGGAGGCGAGCUACAGACUGUCUGCAGAUCCUGGAAUGACUUCCACGCCUGUGCCUCUCGGGUCCUGUCAGGCUGCCCAGAGGAGGCUGCUGCAGUGUGGGAGUCUCUGCAGCAAGAAGCUCGCCGUGCCCCACACCCAGACAACUUGCACAUCCUCUGUGGUGCUCCUGUGAGCGUUCGGGAGCGGAUUGCUGGCCCAGAGACCAACCAGGAGACACUACGGGCCACAGCUCCUGUGGUGGCUCCAGCCCCAGCCCCUGUGUUGCUCGCUGCCGCUCUUGCGCUUGCCUGCCUCCUGGGGCCUCUAGCCUAAACGUCUGAUUGGCCAGCCAACAGUGUCCUUGCCUCCCAUCACUGCAUGCAGUGGCCGCCUUGUGAGCUCUGCAGUGUGCACACUUUUCAUUAAAGGUAUUUAUAUUUGCACCAA